AUGAGUACUCAAGUUUUCAUACCCAAAAGCAAGGUUAAGAAAUUGUCUCUUGAUAAGAUAACCCAAUUGGAAGAGGAUUUGGAAGAGAAUCCGUUAGACUACGGGAAAUGGAUCAAACUAUUAGACCAGAUUUUGAAUAAGGAUAACCAAGAGCAAGUUCGGAGAACUUUUGAUAAAUAUUUGGAGCGUUUCAAAUUUGAUGGUGCUCAAUGGAUUAGAUACAUAAAAUAUGAACUUAGCAGAGGGGAGAAGGAAAAAGCCGAAACGCUUUUCCAAAAAUGUUUUGCAACGACAGAAAGCGUCGAAUUAUGCCGUUUGUACGUUGACUAUGUGAGAAGUAUUUCCGAUUUCGUCACAGGCGGCGACAAAGCACGUACAACAGUUGUCCAGGCAUUUGAGUUUGCAAUAAACAAGGUUGGUAUUGAUUUUAGAAGCGAUGAGUUGUGGCAGGAUUAUAUCAACUUUAUUAAAUCUUGGACACCCCAAGCGAAUUGGGAACAGCAGCAAAAGAUUGACUUGAUUCGAAAAGUAUAUAAGAAAUUCCUUGUUGUGCCCACGGAAAAUAUAGAGUCUGUUUGGACACAAUAUACAAAAUGGGAAAACGAGCUCAACUCUGCAACGGCACAAAAGUUUGUGUCGGAGAAAGCCGCUGAAUUCAUGUUGGCGCGUUCAUUCAAUACAGAGUGGCGGCAGGUGACAAACAAUAAAAAGUUGAAAUGGACAAUUAAUCUGCAAACAAUAAAGGACGAGUCGGUGCAACAGCAAGCAAAGUACUGGGCUAAUUGGAUUCAAUUAGAAAAGAAAAACCCCUUAGAGUUGAAAGAUGAGAGUGCUCUUCAAAGUCGUGUAAAUUAUGUUUACAAGCAAGCUACGUAUGCUCUACCAUUUGUCCCUCAAUUGUGGUUCGAAUAUGUAAAAUACUUGUUGAACAACAACGAAGAAGGCAAUCUAGGCGAUUGUAUUUCGAUCUUAAAAAGUGGUCUCACCAUAAAUCCUCAAAGCUUACUUCUCUCGUUUCAAUUAGCUGAGUUGUAUGAAAAAGACAAUUCCUUUGAUAAGGCAAAGGUGAUUUUCAACAACUUGAUAUCAAACUUGACUAAGGAUUUCGAAAAAGUAUCCACAAAUUUGAAGGAGUUGAACGAGCGACUCAAACCGAAACUGCAAUCGGGAGAAGAUGAUGGUAGUGACAAUAGUGACAAUGAUGAUGGAAAGGGGAACAGAAAUGGAGAAGACAAUGAUAACUCGGAAAAAGGAGGUGAGAUGAUGAAGGAGGCAAGUACUAACAACGGACAACUGAAUGGCCGUGGAAUUGCAAGUCUACCGAGCCUACCAAAAUUGGGGAAAAAUAUGACUAUAAACUCUUCUUCGGGCACCAAUACCAGUGCCCCCGCUAGUCUUCCAAGUCUACCUAAGAUACCCAAUCAGCAAAGCAAUGGAGUUUCUAUGGCAGACUUGAGGCAACUUCAAAUGCUCGAAAGAAAACAGAAACGCUUAAUUGACAAAAUUACGCUCAUCUACAGCAAGCUCAUGAUUGCAAGCAAGAGGGCGGAAGGGAUCAAAGAGGCUCGGAAUGUGUUUAAAAACGCUCGUAAGCUUCCUUCAAUAGGAUACCAAAUAUUUAUUGAGAGUGCGUUGCUUGAACAUUAUGCAGACAACAUAAAGACGGCUAUUAAGGUGUUUGACGUUGGUCUCAAAAGUUCUGCUACAAACGGCGAGUUUCUUUCCAAGUAUUUGGAUUAUUUGAUCAUGAUAAACGAUGUGGAUAGGUUAAGAAGCACUAUUCAAAAUGCAGACACUAACUUUUCAAAAGAAUUGUCGCAAUUAAAAGAAGGGAUUAAAGAAGAAGAGUUAGAUCCACUUUUGAAAAAAGAAAAGGAGAAAAAACUACGCUUGAAAAAACGACAGUUGAAGGGCCUUUAUAAGAAAUACAUUUCGUUUGCAGCAACCAAUCUCUCUUUAGAUAUCACCAACAGUUUUGCCAAGAAGUGUGAACAGUUGUUUCCUGAUGAUGAUCCUGUUGACUUAUUCACAGAUAGGUAUAAAUUGGGCAAGUUGAACAUUAUUAAAGCAGACGAGUUGAAUGAAGAUGCAUAUGACUUUGAGGAUGAGGAUGAGGAUGACUUCCCUCUGUUGAAGAGACGGAGAAUUGCUGCUUCCAGUAUAGGUGCAGAAGAAUCAAGAUUGGCCGUUACUAGUAUUCAAGAGUCAAGUCGUAUUGAGCAAGAAACAGCAGAGCAAGAGAGAGAUGCCAAAGCCGAUAGCUCAACUGCUUUUGUGGGGCCUUCCAUCUUGACCCUCAUGACGGUCUUGCCAAACGCUUCAUACUUUGGUCUUCCCUCUGAAAAUGUGUUUAAUAGCGAAAAAUUGGUUACACUUUUUGCAAACUUACCAAAUAUACUGUAA